UUGUUGUUGUUGUUGUUGUUUAGUUAUGAUAAAUCAUGGAGAUUAAUUGAUUUAGAAUAUAACACUGAAAUAUUACACCAGGAGGGUCAUUCAAGGUCAGUCUAUGACAUUCAGUUCCACACUGAUGGAGGACUAGUGGGUACUAGUGGUAUGGACUCCUGUGCUCGUAUAUGGGACCUGAGGUCAGGGAAGUGUCUAAUGGUGUUACAGGGACACUUGAAUAAUGUCCUCUCUGUUGACUUCUCACCUAACGGGUAUCACUUUAUCACUGGUUCUGAUGAUCAUAGUGUUCGGGUUUGGGAGUUAAGACGAAGAAGAUGCAUUUACCAACUGCCCGCCCACACUAAUCUGGUCUCAAAGCUCAAAUUUGAGAGAAAUAGAGGAGACUUCUUUGUGUCUUCGUCUUAUGAUAACACAGCAAAAAUUUGGGGUCACCCAGGUUGGACUCCAUUACAAACCCUCGCCGGCCAUGAGAGCAAGGUGAUGUGUGUGGACUUAUCUCCAGACCAGCAGUACAUUGCUACAGGCUCUUUUGACAGGACAUUCAAACUAUGGGAGAGACAGUCGACCGAUGUCAUGUGACGAUCAUGUGACUACAUGUACUGAUGUUAUUGUUAUUGUUUUCCUACAUGUACUUUUUGUAAAUAUGAUAAUUAUAAAAUUCUUUCAUCCAUGAAACAUCACGUACUUUACUUUCAUAUUUGCAAACUGUUUAAUUAUUAUUUUUUAUUAAUUGAAGCAGGCGGGGCUUGAUAGCCUAUAUAUGUACAUGUUUUAACUAGCUUCAUCAUACUUUUCUUUUAAAUGUCAA